AGGAGGAAGCAGGGACCGGUGCAAGUGGACAAAAAUUAUGUUAUUCCCUAUAUUCAAGAGAUGGAACCUAUGUUUCUGCUUUUUGGUGCUGUACUGCUUAACGAUGAAACAGCCAUAUGCCCAGGGUGGUGGGACACACUCCAGUGAAGAAGACAUUUGCACGCCUAAAUCUAAGUUUUGCCCAAAUGGUACGAAACCUGUCUGCCUAAUUGUCGAGACACCCGCAAGCUUGACAACAAUGCAAGUUAAUAUAAAAGAAAAGUGUGUGCCUUUAGGCACUCCCUGCAAUAACGAGGAUAUUCGUUGGCCGAUAACAGAUUGCCCUCAGCCCCAGAGUCAAUAUUCCAUCCAAUGUCGGCAAAAUGGAGCGACAAGUGGAAUAUGCGUGUGCAAAUGCAAGCACAAGGAUGAACUUUAUUUUAACGCACCUUUACACUGAAUGGAUCAUAAUAGAACACGUGCAAAAUUGCAGAUUUACACAGAAAUUAUUGGGCAUUCGUCGCAAAGCUACACCCAAUAAACUAUAUGUUGGUUAA